UGUUUGAGUUAAAAUAUUACACAAUAAUAAUAUUAUUGGACAAAUUAAUUUGCUGUGUGUCUGAAGAAUGUGAAAAGUUAAAAGACAUGAGUAAAUAUCGAUGGUUUCGUAGUGUUUAGCUUGUAAAUAGAGUUACCGCCGCUGUGCUUGUACAUUGGGCGCCAUUGUGUGUUUGUUCGCUAGUCGACCGCAUCUUUUGUAGAUGCGUCGAAGUGAUAAGUUUUGUGUUGUAAACAAUACAGUAUUUUGUUAUUGUGAUGGCUGAUACUGCAGAAAGCAGUUCUGCGGUUCAAAAUCGGGAGCGCGAAGGCUUUCUCAAGGAUCUGCAUCAGUUCCACGAUUCGCGGGGUACUCCGUUCAUUAACCCACCGCAGAUUAACGGACAAUAUAUCGACUUGCACUUAUUAUACACACUGGUGACAGCGAGAGGGGGCUGGAUCAAAGUAAACAACAGGAACGAAUGGGACGAAUUGCUGCAGGAGCUGAAAAUACCGAACCGAUGUGUGAACGUCAGUGUGGCCUUAAAACAAGUUUACUUAAGAUACUUAGAUCGUUACGAAAAAGUUCACUUUCUGGGAGACGAAGCCGAACGGGGUAGUGACGAUGAUGUCGACAGUAGGCACAGGCGUUGGUCGGCGAGGGCCCUUCACACGGUGCCCCUUGCAUACAAUCAUCAUCAACACAAUGUUUCUGAUGCUAAUAGAGAUCUACACAAUAUGUCUUGUGACCUGUAUCAUCCAUCAAAUUAUGACAAAAUAGUUUUAUCAUUAACAUCUCCACUACCAAAUGAACAAGACUUUGCUAUCAAUGUAUGUACACUGUUGUCGAAUGAUACCAAAAAUCCUCUUAAGAUGUCAAAAUGUCCUCGAUUACUUGAUUUACUCUUGGCACAUGCAGGUGUAUUUAAUCAUAUUUCUUUGCGAGAAUUAAUAACUGAGGUAUAUAAUAAUGUACGAGGCCACUCUUUGGAUCGCUUUUGGAAAGACACGUUCAAGGGUUCAAUGGAAUUACAUGACCUCACAGAUGAACGCUUAUUUGAUGCAAAAAUUGUAUCAAAGCAACAAAUUUGUGAGAGUUCUAGUUUUUCUAAAGAGGUAAAUGCAAACUUGUUUGCAAGUGAUGUUUCAAGUGAAAACAAUAUUAAUGGCAGACGGACUCUAGGUAUGCAAGAUUAUAUUGGUCAGCGUAUAUUACAAGUAGCUUAUAUUUUACGAAAUCUUAGUUUUAAUGAAGAGAACACAAGUUUACUAGCAAAAAAUAAAACAUUUGUUCGAUUUCUUUUAUUGUGUGCUAAUUCACAUUGGAAUAACUUGCAAAUUAUGGGGUAUGAUAUGUUAGGUAAUAUUGCAAACGAUAUUAAAUUGAAUGAUCCCAGCGCUGAUUUCUUAACGGACUGUUUAAUGAACACAUUAACUCAAGGUCUUUGUUCUCAAGACCGGGCUGUGAUAAUGGGCUGUUUGGAGAUUCUGAAUAAAUUAAGUCAAAAUGAAGAAAAUGAAGUAGUAAUGCUGCAUUGCUUGGACCAAAAAAUUUAUGAACAAGUAUGUAUGUUUUUAAAUUUACAAGACAUAAUGCUUUUAAUUUAUACAUUGGAAUGUCUAUAUUCAAUAACUUGUUUGGGUGAGAGGGCUAAUAAUAAUAUUGUACGAGUUCGAGGGGUUAUAGAUACCUUAGUAGCUCUAGUGACAGUGGAAGCACAAACUUAUGGACCAAAGGCAUGUAUUCUGAUGCGGGUUGUAGAAACAUUAUCGAAUCCAGUCCCAUCACAAACAAUGAACACACAGGCAAGUACAAGUCAGCAAUACAUUCAACAAGAUCAUGUGCCACUAGCUGAACCUCUACAGCCUAACAAAAUUAUUCACAAUAAUUCUAUAAAUAAUAGUCCAUCUUUUCCUGAACAUGUGACAAUGAGUAUGCCACAGCCAACACAGGUUUUUAAUGUAAUAUCUUCAAAUAUCAAUCCUAGCACAUCUAAUGCUGUAUCUAAUGUAGUCACAUCACAGCCAGUUCAUAUAGUAACACAGGCAGCAGUUUCAUCAGUAGCUUUGCAACAUUCUACCAACACCACACAGCCAAUUCAGUCUUUCGCUUCAAUGCAGAGCUCCGUGCAAAUGCAACAUGCUCAUCAACAGGCAAUUCAAGAAAAUGAACAGUUUGCCUUGGCUUGGCUUCGAUCAACAUUCGAGCCAGAUAAUAGUAAUGUUGAACAGCAAGAAUUGUACAGAUUGUAUAUAAAUUCAUGUUCUAAAAUUGGGCGAAAGGGUGUUAUAAGCCCUUUACACUUUCCCAGGUGUGUUCGAUCUGUAUUUGGUGGUUCAGUGGGACCAAAUCCUGUAAAAGAGAACAAUGAAACUGUAUAUUACUAUAAUGGUAUUAGGUUAAGAAAUAUGUCUUUAUUGGGUCACACAAAGCAAGUUUAUAUGAAUCGACAAGCAUCAUUAAAGACAAGUAGUUUAGCUCUAGAAAAUAAUAUGAAAAGUUCUACAAAUGAUGAUAAUCAAGUAUCAGAGUCACCUACAAUAACACAUCCUCAUUUGAGUCAAGCGCUUUUGGCAGAUCAAGCUAAAUCACAACAACCACAUGAUUUAAACGCAACAGAAAAUAAUAUCAAUGCAACAUCAAGUCCGACGAUGCAACAAAAUAAAACAUCAUUUAUUAAAAGUUUGUUGGCUAAAAAGAUAACUGAAAACAAUAGCGCUGGAGCACAAUUACAGAAGAUAUUGUUGGAACAAAAGGAUAAUAAACCUAAUGUCACUUCUCAAAUUAAUAAACCUGCUUUGCCUAAAAAUAAAGUUGUGAAAGCAGUGAACAAAUCCAAUGUGAAUGGAUCACCUAAUCCUGUUACUCAGCCUAUGGACGUAGAUCCCGAAACCUUAAUUACAAGUACAACCAUAGUUUUAGAUGGUAGAAGAGCAGGAACGUGGGAUCCUCCGCCUCCUUUAGCACCAUUGUCAUCAGGAGGAGUGCUUGUUGUGAAAGUACCCAAGACAGAUGAGGAUUCAAAUAGCAAUGCGUCCAGUAGUGUAACUCACAUUCGUGAUGCAGCGGCUGAAGAAAAUGAAAACAGUUAUGAAGGUGUUAUACUUAAUGGUAAUGCUCUUAAUGCAGAUGGAAAUUUGAACAACGAUGAUAGUAAUUCAAAAGAUAGCAUGCAAUCUAAUUGCUCGUAUAAGGUCAGUGCGAAUAAAAUGUUGGCAGAAUUACUAGAUAAAAAAUCUACAAGAAUGCCAGUCAAAACAGAUGUGAAUAAUAUAAAUAAAGAUAAGCAGAUAAUUGAAAAUGAAAAUUUUCUUUUGAAUAAUCAUGACAAUUCUGUAAUGGAUGCAGACACCUUUUCCUUAAAACGAUGUGCAACUAAUGAUGAUAACAAUCUAGAUGCUAAGCGCAAUAAAAUUGAGGAUUCUACAGAUUGUAUUCAAAACAAUACAGAGAGUAGUUCUUCUCAAAUGUCAAAUGAUAUGGAUUCCAAUGAAGAUCGUAUAAAUGUUUCAUCAACAGCAGCUAAUCUUUAUGCUGCUUUAGCAGCUGAUGCCUUAGAAGAUGAAGAAAUUGAUGAAAUUCCUGUAAAUGAAAUUCCAAAACCUGUUCAAAAUGUUGAAAAUCCAAUUGUAAGUAAUAAUGAUACAAUCAAUUCAACAAAGGAAGGAUCACUGCCACAACCUAAUAUAAUCAUAACACAAAAUUCAUCAAUGCCAGUUGGUAAUCAAGUAAAACCAAUACCACAAAAACAGCAAACGAUUCCAGUAAUUAUGCAUCCCGGUCAAAAUAUAAUACAAGGUUCAGGACAUUUUGUCAUGUCUGGCCCUACAGGCCAAAUGCAGAUUGUGAGUGCUGGACAAAACAACAAUAUGAUUGCUGCACCACAAGUGAUAUCAGCUCAAGGCGGUCAGAUUAUGCUUUCUGGUGCUGUACAGGGUCAGACGUAUGUAAUGCCACAAAAUGCACUGCUUCCAGGACAAGGUCAAACAUUGUUUGUGACGCAAACACCACAACAACAGGGCACUUGUUCAAAAACUAUUAUCAUUCUGCAGCCGCAGAUGACCACUGCUGGUCAAAAAGUUGUGAUGACGCCUCAGGGGCAACAAGUGGUAAUGACCAAAACAGCACACGUGCAGAAUGUGCAAAUACCAAUUGAACAAAAAUUUGUACCAGUUAGUGUGGCUGAUACAACAAAUGGGGUGAUUGUAAACGAUACCAAAGAUGGCAUUAUAAAAAUAGAAAAUCGGGCACAAACACCGGAUGCAUCAAAUAUUAAUACUGCUAAUAAAAUUCAAAAUAAACCGAAAUCAGAAGAAGAAGAGAGUUUGGCUAGUUGGCCAUGGGUAUGCGAUUGGGCAGGUUGUACAAAGAGGAAAUUCAAUACUGCAAAUCAAGUUUACAGGCAUGUAUGUGAUGUGCAUUGCCCACAAGGUAAUGUAGAAGCUUUGUGUCAGUGGGGAUCUUGUGACAAUUUAUUGCGAAGAAGGUUUUCUCUAAUGACACAUAUGUAUGAUAAGCAUUGUAGUGCUGAAAUGCUUAAAGCUUCUGUUUUAAAACGUAAACAGCAACCAAAUCAACCAGUAGUGGCUAAAGUGAAUUGUGCACCUCCCCCACAACCAGCAGUUAUGUCUUCAAAUUUUCCAGCUUAUGCGCCUAAUGCAGCAAUGCAUGCCAUCAAAAGACAUGCAUUGGAAUAUGUUAAUCCCAAAGAAUUAUUACAUGGCGGGCCAUCUACCAGUGCACGAAGCUUUGCAGCAAGUUCUGAGACUCUGGACAGUAAUGAAGGACCAGUCACUAAGAGCAUACGCUUGACUGCUUCUUUGAUUUUAAGGAACAUUGUUAUAUACUCAAGGACUGGUAGAAGAUAUCUAAGGUACUAUGAGCCACAUUUAGCAAGUGUAGCCUUAAGCAAUGUGGAAUCUUCAAGGACUAUAGCACAAGUACUGUAUGACUUAAAUGAUGCACAGUCUCCUAAUGCGAGGUGACCCCAUUCAGAGGGUUGUGAUGUAGUAUGUUUUUAGAGUGCAAACCCGUAACAUUAGCAUUCGCUACUUAAUGAACUAAGAAUCUUGUUUAAUGUACACCUAAUGUUAAGGAAAAGACUGUUUCAUGAUAGGAAUCGUACUUGUAUAUCUACUUGUGUAAAAUAAA